AUGGACAAAUAUGUUUUUGUGAAGCCUACACGAAAAAGGAUUACUUGCAUGCAGAAGGAAAAUACUAUCAACAAGAAGCCCAAAAGAGAAAGUUGUCCUCCUAUGAAGGUAAAAAUUGAAGUUGACGAGAUGCAGAUAACAUGCUAUGAUGAAAUGAUGGAGAAAAAUGUUGAGUCUUCACAUGUGGAUAGUGAAAAAACCAAGGAAAACAGGAAGCAGAUAAUGUGCUAUAGCAAAAAUGUGGAGACAAGUAGUGAUUCUUCAAUGGCUGGUUCUGAUAAAGCAAAGUCCACCGCCCUGUUGGACAGAGCAAAUGAAUUUCUAGCAAAGUUGCCGUCAGAUGAUCCUAACUUUGUGAAGCUGAUGCUCCCAUCACAAGUUAGUGGCGGAUUUUGGUUGCAAUGGCCUAAGGAUUUCUGCCAAAAACACAUGCCCAAGAAAGAUGAAUACAUUGUUUUGUUGGACGAGAAUGAAAAAGAAUAUGACAUCAAAUAUCUUGCACAGAAGAGUGGAUUGAGUGGAGGAUGGAGAGGUUUCUCCAUUAAACAUCAAUUAUCUAAAGGAGAUGUGCUAAUUUUCCAAUUGGUCGACUCUAACAAAUUUAAAUUUAAGGUUCAUAUUUUCAAAGCUAAAGGAGGCUCAAGAAAACUUGAAAGGGACAAUGGCCUUUUGAACUCAGAAGGCAAAGUUACAUCAGAAAUUGCUAAGGAUGUGAAGGAAACUGAGAGUUUCAACAUUCUUUGGAAUGGUGAAGUCAUAGACUCAGAGAUAUCGGAGCAUGUUCGAAGGCAAUACUAUCAAUUGUGCUGCAGUCAAAAAUCAGGUCUUCAUGAUGGUCUUGUCAAAUGCAUAGAUAAGAAGUUGGCCGCUGGCAUAAUAUCUGAAACCGUAAAGAUUGCUGAUGCCAUUAGAGCUGCCGAGAUUACUGCCACCUCGUGCAAUGAUGUCCAACGAUGGGAUCAAACUCUCAAGGGCUUCGAAGGAAUGGGCAUGAAUGUUGCAUUUCUACGUGCAACUAUAAAGAACAUACUGGACUCCAUCCAGCGCAAACAACAGGAGAAGAUUAAACGAAAGACAAAUGAAAGAGCUCAAGCUGAGAAGGAGAUGAGAAAUCUUGAAACCCAACUUGUGAAUGUGAAAAAGAAGAUCAGAGUUCUGGAUGAUGAAAUCGAUGUUAUUAGAGCACAAAAUGAAAAGCUUGAGCACUCAUUCAAGGAAACUGCUAUUGCUCCCUGGUGA